CUAUAAAUCCUUUGCGGAUACUCAACAAAGAAAAACAGUGGAGACGCGCAGGUUUCAGAUUUAACGACAGUAUAAAUCCUCAGCCAUUUACUGUACACUAAAAAUCCCAAACAUGGGUAAAAAGCACAAAAAACACAAGUCCGACAAACACACGUGUGAAGAGUACGCGGAGAAGCCUCUGAAGCUGGUCCUUAAGGUGGGAGGCGGUGAAGUGACCGAGCUGUCCACGACGAGCUCCGGACACGAUUCCAGCAUGUUCGAGGACAAGUCGGACCACGACAAGCACAAGGACAAGAAGAAGAAGAAGAAAAAGAAGUGCGAGAAAGAGAAGCCCCCUCCCGUGCCCGUGGUGCAGGAGGAGAAGAAGAAGAAAAAGACUGAAAAGAAGAAGAAGGUUCAAGAUUCCAUGGACACAGACAUGGAUGAGAGAAGCCAGACUCCCGUGAGAGCAGAGAUGCUGCAUGAAAAGCACGUGAGCUCAUCCUUGGCCCAAAUAGAUGAAAAAGAACAGUCCCCUCUGCAAGAAGCUUUAACACAACUGACCCGGCAGCUUCAGAGGAAGGACCCGCGUGCCUUCUUCUCAUUCCCCGUCACAGAUUUCAUUGCGCCUGGGUACUCUCGGAUCAUCAAGCACCCAAUGGACUUCAGCACCAUAAAGGAGAAAAUCAAGGCUGAUGAGUACCACUCUCUGGAGGAACUCAGGGCUGAUUUCAAAACCAUGUGUGAAAACGCGAUGACUUACAACAAGCCACAGACCAUUUAUUUUAAAGCUGCCAAGAAGCUGCUCCAUUCCGGCACCAAAAUCCUCAGCCAGGACCGGCUCCAAAGCUUGAAACAGAGCAUUGAAUUUAUGGCAGACCUGGAAAAUGUCAACAAGCAGAAAGAGAAGGAGCAGCAGCAGCAGGAGGAGGAGACGGACCGGAAGGAGGACUCUGCGCUCGACCAGUCCAGAGACCCAGCCGAGCCCAUGGACACGGACGAGGUGAAUAAAGACUCCGCUACAGCAAACAAGGAGAUCGGAAGGCAAGACUCCAAAGACUCUGUAUCAAAGAUCAUCAGUUCAGCAGAAAAGGAGCUGGAACAGAUCGAGAAAAUCAUUGAGGAAUCGGGUGGAAAAUUAACCCGGAGAAACAUUGAGAGCCAGUUGGAAUUUGAGAGACGGAAAUCUGAUGGGACCACAACUCUGGGAUUUCUGAACCCAGCAGACCUGUCAAUGGGAGAACCCGGGUACUGUCCGGUGAAGCUGGGAAUGAUGAUGGACAGGUUACAGACAGGCAUUAACACUCUGCAGGGAUUCAAAGAAGACAAGCGCAACAGAGUAACUCCAGUGUCAUACAUGAAUUAUGGGCCUUACAGUUCUUACGCCCCAGUCUACGACUCCAGUGUUGCAAACAUCAGCAAAGCAGACUCAGACCUCAUAUAUUCCUUCUAUGGAGACGAAUCAAGCUUGGAGGUCCCAGCCAGUGUACAGCAGUUUUUGGCAAAUGCGGAUGAAUAUACUUACAAGAUGGCAGACAAUAUACUGGAUGCACUGACCAAUGGAGAGCAUUCCAAGAGCCUGAGAGAAAUGGGAAUGACAAUGCAAGGAAGUGAGGAGCGCACAGAUGAGCCUGCUGAGUCUAAUGAUGUUGAGAUCAUUGAAGCACUUGCCAGCAGCAAGGACAGGUUUACCUCCUUGAGUGCUGUUGCUGGUCUGGAAAUGGAGACAGCGUCCUUCGACUCCAAAGAGUCGGAGCAGUUCCAGAGGAAGCUGGAUGAAACCACCCAGUUACUCAGGGAGCUGCAGGAGGCGCAGAACGAGCGGCUCAGUGCAAAACCGCCACCCAACAUAGUCUGCCUGCUCGCUCCCACCAUCAAAGAGAUCCAGCUGGCUGAGAAAGUGACUGGAAAUCUAAAGCACCUGGCCAGCCAAGUGACCCCUGGUGACAUCACCAGUGUGUACGGGAUCAGGAAGGUCAUGGGCGUUGCUGUGCCUGCACGCCUGCUGGAGCAGAGCCUGGUAGACCUGACAGCAGAUGCUUCGGACUCCGGCAGGAGCUUGACUGCCAACCAAGAAGACUUCCCACCUAUAGCAGUGUAAACCAGUUCCUCGUUUUACUGAAAAGCUUUUUUCAAAUUCUGUCUGUGCAAGUUGUGUUCAGUAAAACUAAACAAAGCGUGUGUUUUUGUACUGUACAGAAUGUAUUUGUACAUGGUUUUAAAAAAUAAACCUUUUUUUGAAAUA